UCUCUCUCUCUCUCACUCCGUGGUCGAGCUCAGCAGAGAAGGGAACAUGACAGCAGAAGGAUUUCUCUUCGACAUGAUGAUGAUGUCCAGCAUGAAUGUGAAAUAAAGAGAAGCGGCCCGGACGCUCCUGUGAACCCCAGAGCUCGGCCGGAGGAGGACCAUGAAUGAAUGAAUGAAUGAAAGCUGCGCUCAUUAACUUGGCUCAGAUCCUACUAUUAUCCCCAAUGGAGCAGGAUGUAGAGAGCCCAGUUACCAUCAGACAGCCCAAGCUGCCAAAACAGGCCAGGGAAGACCUGCCGAAACAGCUCAUUGACAAAGAUCGAGGCAAAAGGAAGAUCCAGAGGUACGUGCGCAAGGAUGGGAAAUGUAACGUCCACCAUGGCAACGUGCGGGAGACGUAUCGCUACCUGACGGACAUCUUCACCACACUGGUGGACCUUAAAUGGAGGUUCAACCUUUUCAUCUUUGUUUUGGUUUACACAGUGACAUGGCUGUUCUUCGGCUUCAUGUGGUGGCUCAUAGCCUACAUUCGAGGCGAUCUGGAGCACAUAGGAGAUAACCAGUGGACUCCGUGUGUGAACAAUCUCAACGGCUUUGUCUCUGCCUUUUUGUUUUCGAUAGAGACUGAAACCACCAUUGGGUAUGGCUACAGAGUUAUCACAGACAAAUGUCCAGAGGGGAUCGUUCUGCUCCUAGUGCAGUCGGUGCUGGGUUCCAUAGUCAAUGCCUUCAUGGUGGGCUGUAUGUUUGUGAAGAUCUCACAGCCCAAGAAGCGGGCAGAGACACUGGUGUUCUCCACCAAUGCAGUCAUUUCCAUGCGGGAUGGCCGGCUGUGCCUAAUGUUCAGGGUGGGGGACCUCCGCAAUUCGCACAUUGUGGAGGCCUCCAUCAGAGCCAAACUGAUCAAGUCCAAGCAGACCAAGGAAGGGGAGUUCAUCCCCCUCAAUCAGACAGACAUGAACGUGGGCUAUGACACCGGGGAUGACCGGCUUUUCCUCGUAUCCCCAUUGAUCAUCUGCCACGAGAUCAACCAGCACAGCCCUUUCUGGGAGAUCUCCAAGGCCCACCUGGCCAAAGAGGAACUGGAGAUUGUGGUCAUUUUGGAGGGCAUGGUGGAAGCAACCGGGAUGACAUGCCAAGCUCGCAGCUCCUACGUGGCAAGCGAGAUCAAGUGGGGCUACCGCUUCACGCCGGUGCUCACCCUGGAGGACGGCUUCUACGAAGUGGACUACAACAGCUUCCACGAGGUGUAUGAGACCAACACGCCGGUGUGCAGCGCACGAGAGCUCGCCGAGAUGACAGCGCGGGCGCAGCUGCCCCUCACCUGGUCCGUGGGCAGCAAGCUGAACCAGCAGGCGGCCCCCGAGGCAGAACGAGAGCAGAUCGAGAAAGACGGCCACGGGGACGUCAAUCAUGUACCUGCUUGUGAACUUUCUGUGCUCCCUUUCUAACUGGGAAAGGUCCAAAGGGCAUUAAAGGAUGCUGAGAUCCAAGGUCACCUAAGGUCACCAGGGACCCCCUGCCCUCAGUCCUCGACUCACCGUUUGGCGUAGCUACGACUACGAGCACAAGGUGGCAGUGGCUGGGAAGUGGCGUAAACAAGGCGACGGUGUUUCGAUGCAGAUUCGGUUGAGGGACUACAUCCGAUCACGUGGACAAGGUGCGAUUUGCGGAAUGCGGUUCGACCAUUUCUCUGUCUAUGACCCAGCAACAGUUCUUUUCAGCGCGUGUGCACGGGCAACGGAAUGAUAGCAUGCUUUAUAUGAAAGCACAAUAAAUGUACAGAAAUGAUU